CACCGCUACCCCGAGCCUGCCGUACUGCAGCAGCAGCAGCAGCCGAAGGCGGAGCCUCUUCUGCAGGCAGCGCCCUGUGGUGGGGUUGCCGGUGCUGCUGCCUCUGCCCCUGUUGCUCCUGCUGCUGCUCCUGCUGCGGUGUCAGCUUCCCCUUGCCCGGCUGCUUCAUCCGCACCCCGCCCCCUUGGGUGUCAUCAGGACCAACAGUCGGAACGCUGCCUGCACCCGCAGCCGCCUCUGCAGCAGCGGCGGCAGCAGCAGGAGGGUGGCCAAACGCAAGCGGAGGCGCAGUCCGGUUGUUGCCAUGCCGGAGGGGCUGGGAGGAGCUGUGCGGGAGGGCAGGAGGAUGGGGGUGAAGGAGUGGAGGGCUGCGUGCGGCAAGGCAACGACGGCGGUCAUGAUAGCAACGCUGCUUCUACGUCGUGCUGUGGUAGCGGCGGGGCCCCAUUGGAAGCCUCCAGAGUGACAUGCGCUGCGAGCCGCGCCUGCAGCCAAGGGGAUGCAUGCAGCGGCCAGGCAUGCAGCGCUGGGGGCUGCGGCGCCGCCAGCAGCGGCGGCGGCGGCAGCUGCUCGGUGCCCUCGUUUGAGGAGGCCUGGAGUGCGGGGGGUGCGGGUCCCGCUGCCGAGCAGCUGAUGCGGAAGCUGCGGUGGGCGACCCUGGGUCCGCAGUUUGACUGGUCGGAGCGGCAGUACGACUUCACACGCGCGUACAGGCCGCUGCCUGGUUCCCUGGAGUCCAUAGCGCUGCGGAUGGCCCGUGUGGCACGGGAAGCAGAGACGCUGGCAGGUGCUGCUGCUGCGGCGGAUGGGGCUGCAGCUGCCGCCUCAGCUAAUGCCGCAGUGUUUCGAGAGUACAAGCCCGACGCGGCGAUCGUGAACUUCUACCAGCAAGGUGACGUGCUGGGCGGGCACCUAGACGACGUGGAGCGCGACAUGGGUCAGCCCAUCGUGAGUGUCAGCCUGGGCUGCCCCGCUGUCUUCCUCAUGGGGGGGCCCAGCAAGCAGCAGCCCCCCACCGCGCUGCUGCUGCGGGGAGGGGACGUGCUGGUGCUGGCGGGGCAGGCGAGGAGGUGCUACCACGGGGUGCCCAGGAUCUUGGAACCACUCGACGACUGCCAGCCAGGAGCCGCCCGCGACGGCGGGGUGGCGGGUACGGCAGGUGGUACUGACAGCGCCGUACAAGCCUACAUGCGCUGCGCCCGCAUAAACAUUAGCAUCAGGGCGGUUUGCUGAACUGGACACGGUAACCAGAGCCCCGCGAAUCCAUGCAUACAGAGAGGGUCCGGGUGUGUCGGCUACCUGUUGCUGCUCCUGCGCUGCUGCAAGGACUAGCACAGCCCACCGCUGCGAUGGUGAACUCCACGGCCGUCAAGAGGGAACAUGCCACGAUUUAGUAACAGCAGCGUAACAAUCUUACAAAGGAAUCCGUGCUUUGUGUGACAUCGGCGCGGUGUGCACUUGCAUGCAACACGUGAUCGCUAUGAGCAGCGAUGUGGUGGGGUGGGGUGGGAGGCAAGUGCUACGAAGGAAUUCGAUGGUAUGCUAAGUGGAUUCGCAGAAGGUCUCACGAUUUGUAGCGAGGAGUGCAUGUGUGGGUAACCAUGCUGUGUAAGCUGGAAUUGUUCCUCAAAGGGCUGUUUGCUUUCCGGCAAAAUGUAUGGCGUGCUGGUGGCCUACAGGUGGGGUAUCGUCUAGCUGCAUGUGAUGAAUCGUGCAGUGUCAUGCGCUUGGGAGCCCUGUAAGUACGAUGAGCAGGUCAAGGCACGGGAGGAGAGGGCCGUGCACUUCCUUGCAUGGCGAUGCUAUAUGGUAUAUGGUUUCAUACAUUGGUUGAUUACCCUCGUGCGCGCGAAAUGAACCCUUGGGCGUUGCAGUAUGCCGAACCCACAGCCGCUAGGCUACUGUAAUGUCCACAGCCCG